AUGAAGAGUUUUACAAAGAAAGUUGCCCUCGUCAAACAAAUGGGUAUGGAGAAGAUGGGAAAGACAGAGUCACACGCCGACAAUGAUGCUACCAAAGAAACUAAAGAUAAGCUUAGAGUUAUCAAGAAUGAAUACAAAGAAAUAUAUACUACUGGAAAGUUCUAUUGUCAAGAAACUGAAAAAUCAACACAAGAAGGUACAAAGUUUGCAGAUGCUUUAACUAAAUUUGGUGAAGGAUUUUUAAUUAAUAGUCAAGUUGGAGAGGUGUUAAAGAAUGUUGGAUUCCAAUUAAAGGCGGUUGAACAAGCACGUCAAACAUGUAAUGUCAAUUCGAUGACCUCGUUGAUUGCUCCAGUUGGCAAGUUUAACGACACUGAGAUUAAAAAGGCUCGUGAUGCCAAGCACAAGCAAGACGCCGUUCGUCUCAGAUACGAUGCCGCUCUCGAGAAACUCACAGAGACCAAGAAAAAGAAUGACGCCAAUUCACUCAAGGUCAAGCAAGUAGAGACCGAGUGCGAAGAACUCAAAAAGGAGUAUGACGCUGUCAACAAGGAGUUCUCUGAUGUCAUGGAGAACCUCAACAUCGAAAUGAACAAGCGUUUGGUUGCCGAACUCAGAGAGUUCGCUCUUCAACAAUUGGCCUUUUACAAACAAGCUUCUGCUCUUUGGGCUGAAUCAAAUGAAAUCUUAUCUUCUUUCCAAGCCUAG